AUGCCUGUUACCCAGCAUAUCCCCAAGCCAGGCUCAGAGUCCAAGGAGCCUAAGAAGCCCCAUCGCCAAAUCAUCCGUCUCAAGCCCGUUGAUUACAAGCCUGAGAGACCUCGUCAUCAUGCUGAUGCUACUGGCCAGCGCCUGAAUCGUUGUGACGAGCCCCUGAGCCACGCAAGUCCCAUCGCUAUCGAUACCCCCCAGAUUCGCCGAACUCGGUCCCGUUCCUCAGGGUCUGGUUACAAGCAUGUAGACAAGCAUGCCGAGUUCUUCAUGAAUGAUCCCGCGGUACAUAAAGAUAUUCCUAAGCUUCAGAACCAGUAUCUUCGGCCGAACGCCAAGUUUGUGGGUGAGCAGCAGAGCGGCGCUUACAGAUAUGACAUCAAAGUCGAACUCAAGAGUGUGGACUUGGUGAGCUCUAUUGUAACAGGAUUCUUUCAAAUCUCCGGCCUCACAGAUGAACAUCCACUCAUUACUACUUGCUUUAAGGGGGAAAUCAUCAACAAUCCGCUAAACAGCACCAGGUGGCAGAACCACCCCAAGGACCAUCAAAUGAAGGAAUAUGCCUUCAUAACUGAAGAUAGAAAUUGGGGAUCUUUCCCCCAGAAUGAUAUUGAUCAUUGGAGGACACUCACUCGAGCUUCUAGUAGCAUGUCUGAGGAGCAUCUCCUAUCGAAAUUGCGCAGUAUUCAUGCCGGCGACCUGGAUAAUCAGUACAUCUACAUGCGCUGGAAGGAGGAGUUUUUGUUGCCUGAUCUGAGGAUCAAGCAAUUGAAAAAUGCUUCCUUUGAAGGCUUUUAUUACGUCGUGCUCAACAUUGGCAGCGGCGCCGAUGUCAGUUCUGGCGAUUGCUUCUCAUCUCGCAUAAUCCCUGGCACUAUCAGCGGCUUGUAUUACCAUACCCAGAAUGAUAAGUUUCAACUGCUUUCGUUGCGCUAUGUUGAAGAUCGGGAGUUUUCCUACAGCUUCGACUUUGCGUAA